AAAAAGAAGAAGAAAAGAUGGAUCCAGUAACAGCAUCAGCACAUGGCCUUACUCUUCCACCUCCUUUCAAUACUAGAGGUCUUCAUCUACACCAUCCACAUCUCCACCUUCAACAACAACUCCAACACCACCACCAACAAAAUCUGAAUUCCGAAGACGAACAUACCGGCACCAGCGCUUUCAAGAAAGGAAAGAAACUCGAUCGCGACGACAACGAGGACGACGAUGACAGCAACGACGGGAAGGAAAUGGUUGUUGGAUCCAAUACCGGAGGUGGAGAUGGAGAGUUUACUAGAAGACCACGAGGUAGACCUGCAGGUUCCAAGAACAAACCUAAACCCCCAAUCAUCAUAACAAGAGAUAGUGCAAAUGCCCUAAGAGCACAUGUGAUGGAGAUAGCUAACGGUUGUGAUAUCGGCGAAAGCGUCGCUACAUUUGCUAGGCGCCGGCAACGAGGAGUUUGCAUUUUAAGUGGUAGUGGUACUGUAACUAAUGUUACUCUCCGGCAACCGGCUGCACCUGGUUCAGUUGUAACUUUACAUGGACGGUUUGAAAUCUUAUCUCUUUCUGGAUCAUUCUUACCACCACCAGCUCCACCGGCUGCCACCGGAUUAACUAUAUAUCUAGCAGGUGGACAAGGUCAAGUUGUCGGCGGUAGUGUUAUUGGAGCGCUUGUCGCAUCGGGACCGGUAGUAAUUAUGGCAGCGUCGUUCUGUAAUGCGGCGUAUGAACGAUUGCCGCUUGAAGAUGAGGAGGCGCCGCUUCCAAUGGCGAGCGGAGGCGGCUUGGAACCAGGAAUGAUAGGUCAACCACAACAGCAACAACAACAACAGCAGCAGCAACAACAGCAACAGUUAAUGCAAGACCCUAACACACCUCUUUUUCAUGGUUUACCACCAAACCUUCUCAAUUCUGGUCAAUUACCACCUGAGGCUUAUUGGGCUACUGGUCGCCCUCCUUAUUAACACAACAACACACACA